CUGGGAGGGAUCUGGGUUGGGAGGAGAAGGGUCUGGACUACAUCCUGGUCCCCACGACCUCUCCCCCCAUUGUGGGCCCGGCACCAUCAGAUGGGCUGACCUCGAAGCCCUCCUGGUGCUGAGGAGGGAAGCCUGCAGGUGAUUUAUGUUUAUUUUCCACACUAUGGGCGAAGGUAUCCUUGACCAAUGCUCCAUCUCAAUAUGCUCCAUCUCAUAGGAUGUCACAUCACCAGGUUAACAGAUAUGGAGCUCUCCACCAGAAUUUAACGAAGAAUGCCAAUGCUUACUAAAAUUCUGGACUAGAUAUCUUAGGAAAGGUAGAUGGACUAUAAAGCAAUUGCCCAACAAGCUAACCAAGAAGUUUUAAGUUACAACCAAGACAUGUCAGGAUGGAAAUUGGUUAAAGCUUCAAAAAAGAUAACUGUGUUCAGCAAGGCUUCUAGAAGAUUCCUUGGAAGUCUAUAUCGUGUUGAAGGGGUAAUUCCAGAACCACCAAAUAAACUAUCUGCUUUCCUCUACCAACCUGGAAACAGAGUUAAAUGGGAUAAAUCUUUGCAAGUGCACAAAAUGGUACACAGGAUUGAUUCGGAAACAUUUAUAUGUCAUACCAUUACUCAAAGUUUUGCCUUGGGCUCAAUUUCCCCCCGAGACUUUAUCGACUUAAUACACAUCAAGCAUUAUGAAGGGAAUAUGGACAUUAUCAGUUCUUAUAGUGUGGAUUUUCCAGAAUAUCCUCCAUCUCCAAAUUAUAUCCGUGGUUACAAUCAUCCUUGUGGCUAUGUAUGUUCACCUCUGAAAGAAAACCCAGCAUAUUCAAGACUAGUGAUGUUUGUGCAAACAGAAAUGAGAGGAAAAUUACCAUCAUCAAUAAUCGAAAGAACUAUGCCUUCCAACUUAGUAAGCUUUGUUCUCAAUGCAAAGGAUGGAAUAAAGUCAUACAGACCUUCAUCAGCCCAUGAACAUUACGGUUGUCGUUCAUCAUUCCAGAGGAAGAAAGGUCGUUCUUCCAUUAAAUCAUAAAGGAUUUCAGACCAUACAAACUGCUGGAGUGUGCACUGCAACCAUUAUUACAGUUUAUUUCUAAGUCUGUGUGCACAAAUACUGUUAACGGUUCUAAGCAGUAGUCUUGUACAAGUUACUGGUGACACCUUGUGAAACUGAACCUCAAUGUGUAAGAGAACAGCAUUAAAUAUAAUUUUUAAACUC